GCGGCGGGCUGGCAAGGCUGCGGCAAGUCAGUGUGUAGCUGGCCGCUAGUCCGGCAGGAUGGUGGUGCUACUGCUGUUGCUGUUGUGGAGUGUUGCUGGUACGAGACUGGGCCCGGAGCUUGGCGGGGUCGGUGUGGGCGUCGCCUCAGCUGAUGCGCGUUCCGUCAGCACUGGCACCCUCAAUGCCUUCGUGAGGGCGCUGCAGCUCUCCGGGGGCCAGCCUCCCUCCCAGGACAACAGCCCCGCCCCCACCACCACCCCGCGUCCGCCCCCCAGGUUCAGAUUUGAGACAAGCAGACCCACCAAUGGCAAGGACACAAGAGCUCGCAUCUCCUUCCUUCCACAGGAUCGGGCUGACCGCGUCAAUCGUCCACCGCUGCCUUUCCCUGGAGCAGCCAUCACCAGGCACUCCAGCACCCCCUCCAGCUCCCCCGGCAUCACCCCCAGAAUGAAGUCCAAGGAACCCCUCGCUACUCGCUUCAGCUCCGUCACAGCCUCGCCAAAGUCCGGUCCAGCCCAGGGCACGAGAUUCAACACUCCAGAGGCUUCAAGGCCUGGCUCCUCUCUUGCUUCGAGAAUCACUACUUCCUCAACCUCCCCAGGUUCUCUUGCAUCUAGAUUUAAUUCCCCAGUCGCCGCACCCACCAGAUUCAGCUUGACACCCCCCGAGGCAAAACCCAGUUCAGCCUUUGCGUCCAGUCCUCCCCUUGCCACCAAGUUUUCUACUCCACCUGACGCCAGUCCCCCCAAGACUAGGUUUAACACCCCUGACCAUAUACGUUCCAAGCCCAGUGUGCCUCUCUCCACCAGGUUCAAUAACCCAGAAUUGGCAGCACCCAGCUCAAGGCCUCCCCUCCCGCUCAGGUUUGAUAUUCCUGAUGCUGCACAGACAAGCCCAAGACCAUCCCUCGCAGACUUACUCACCACCUCAGAAACUCCACCAUCGAAGCCUUCCAUCGACAAUUCCUUCUCUGAUUUAACUUACGAUGACUAUGAUUUGUAUGACUACUACUACUAUGACUACCUUGAGAAUGCUACUGCUGGUGAGGGUGCUGCUGGAGGCCUGGGACCCCUGGACCCCCCCACCAGCCAGAGCACCACGGCGCCUCCCUUCAGGUUUGCAUCGGUGCUGGACGCAGAUAAAUCCACCACCACCAGACGUCCAGUCAUACCAGUCGCUCCAGCACAACCCUCCCGCCAAGAUACUUUUGCAAGAGGAGAAAAAUCUAAGCCAGCAGAUGAUAGCAAGGAUGAGGAUGGUCGCUACUCCCUUUCAGAGCUCAUUGCACAGCUGAAGGGCUCCCAAGAUGACCCAGAUCCUCCUGUCUCCAAUACCCUCUUUAACUCCACCUCAAGCCAUCGUGAUGCUAAAGGUUUGUCUGACCCCUUCGCCACAGGCACCACCGGCACACUCAACCCUUUCACCACUCAACACGGAGAUUCAAACCCAAGCAUGAAGGUGCGUGUCACAAAUUCCACUGAAAGCUCAGUCAUUAUUGCAUCUGUGCAAACCUCCCACAGUAUGAGCAUUAAUGAAAACAUUGAUGUUACAAUGUCAACCCCAUUCAUGGCCUCAUCCACCAAGAUGGAAGCUUCAACUUCAUUUACGGGAACAACAGAGCAACUGCCAGAAACUACCACACGCCAGUCUCUGUCUAGUGCACAUGAAACCAUUAAUGUGGCCCCAGGGAUCAUCAGCGGGCCACCAGACACCCUGGCAGAAGGAAGACCCCCAAAGCAUCUUGAUGACUUCCCUGACAACACCAACAAAGAUGUCAUUAAGCCAGGGAAGAGUGAUCCAAUAAUCAAAGUUGUUGAGCCGGAAUCAAGACCUCGUAUUGAGACACUUUUUGACAUAGAAAUCAACACAAAGAAUCAAACAGUCAUCGCAACAGAUGCCCGACUUGACAGCUUGUCAGACAUCACCCACGUGGAAGACAUCUCCUUCAUUCCCCCAGAUUACAAGGUUGAACAAUCUUCCUCCCAGACGCCCACCACCACGCCAGCCACCUCCCCCACUACAUCCCCAGCAUCCAGUUCCUCUCAACCUGAAGUAGAUGAAAUUGAAUCAUCUCUUAAUGAAUCACAUUCUGUGCUGUUGGACCACACAACUGAGAGUGGGGUGCCUUCUUCCACACUUGAGAGUCCCACAACCACCACGAACAGCUCCCUGUAUGAGACGUUCCCUGCUGUUCAGUCCACUUCAGAAACAUCAACCACUGAGGCACAGAAGAACCCACUGGAAGGCAUCAGAAAGGUAGAUGAAUCGGCUUUCUUGUCUCCAGGCUUCAAACCAUCAGUAGAACCAACUGAAAACUCUACCGAAGCUGCGUUAUCAUCAACCACAGAAAGUUCAACAGUUGUAAUACCUGAGGUGAAGACUGUGGACCCCUCUCUGUUCCGUCCUCCAGGCUACAGUCCCUCAGAGGAGCCCCAGACAGAGGCAACAACCAAGUUGAUCCCUGUUGUCCACACUGUCGAUCCCUCUGCUUUCCUUCUUCCCGGCAUCAAACCCUCAGCAGAUGCUGAAACAGAGAGUCCCGUCAUCAAAACUGUUGAUGUGUCCAAGUUCCUCCCUCCAGGCUUCUCAACAACGGAGGAGUCCACAACAGAAGCCACAACAAAGAAGCUUCCAGUUGUGGAAACAGUUGACAUAUCCAAGUUCCUGCCACCAGGUUUUAAACUAAAUGCAACCACAGAGGUGCCAGAAGUGCAAACAGUUGACAUUUCCAAGUUCUUGCCCCCAGGCUUCAAACUUUCAACAACUGAGGCACCAGUGGUAGAAGUCCCAACAGUAAAGACAGUUGACAUUUCACAGUUCCUGCCUCCAGGCUUUAAGCUUUCCACAAGCAAGGCUCCAGCAACGCCACAAAUUUCAACAAGUAAGCCGUUUGAUAUAUCACAGUUUUUGCCCGAGGGUUAUAAACUGAGCACCACUGAAGAGCCUACAUCAAAGAGCCCGGCUGUACAGGUGCCGGAAAUAUCCCAGUUCCUGCCUCCGGGCUACAAACUCAACGAAACUGAGGAAAAAGAAACUCCAAAAGUAGAGCCUUUUGACAUUUCCAAAUUCCUGCCACCUGGAUAUAAGCUUGGAUCAGAGAGCUCAGAACCUUCACCAUCAACAACCACUGAAGCACCAACGACAACUGAAAAAGCUGGCCCCAAAGGACUCGUGUUCCCGCGCCGCCCCAAGUACCCAGCUUACAUGGCCACCACGCCAAAACCUGCGACUCCGGCGCCAUCAGGUCCGCCUCCGGUCAAGCCCACGUUCAGGAACCUUUGGGAUAGAAUCAAAACCACGACUGAGUUCACCGGCUGGAAGACAACCGAGGCGCCAACACCCGUCCACAAGGCAUCCCUGAACGAGGGCACCAAAGACUCCCCCACCACCACCACCACCACGACCACCACCACCACGACCACCACCACCACCACAACAACAACCACUCCCAGACCUACAACCCCUGGCGUCUGUGGAUCAAAGUGUCGCCUGGCAGGUACACUGAAGAUCACCAACGGGACGGAGUGGCGGCCGGAGCUGACAAACAGAGACACACUGGAGUGGCAGGAACUCGCCAACACCAUUGAAAUUGAACUUGACUCACUCUACCGGAGAAGUCCGUUGGCUCCCUGGUACGAGCGAGUAGAGAUUGACGCCUUCAACCCCGGCUCUGUUCUGGUGGACUACUUCCUGCACCUCACUGACAUAGCUGACAUCCUCGACACCACCGACCUCAAGGAGCUCCUCAACCAGGAGAUGGAGGAGAAUGAUUCCUUCGUUCUAGGGAACUACACAUUGGACCCCAAAGGGACAGACUUUAUUGUCAUGCGAGAAAGGGUACGUGUGGUUCAGGAGGAGGAGGACGGCUACCUCAUCCCACAGUGGCUCAUCGCUGUCAUUGUCAUUGGUCUUGCUUCCCUCCUCUUCAUCCUCAUCUUCGGAAUCACUGUGCUGGUGAACCGAGGGCGAGUCAAGAAGCGCCAUGACGUGCCCCUCACGGCCGAGAUGCUCAACGAGCUGAACAAGAACCACCUGGCAGGUGUGGACAACUAUGCCAUGGAUGGACUCUAUGACAUGGAUGCCAUAUGGAAUGAAAAGAUCCAGGACAGAAGAUCAACGAAGCCCCCUUCAAGCAGAGGCAAAGGCUACAACCCCAACUACAACAUCAACAUCUACGACUCUUGGCGCACCGACUGGUCUGGCCCCUACGGCUCCUCGGCCACCUAUGCCAAGCGGCGGCCGGACACAAGCUUCUGACAUGAGGAUUCUCAAGAAGAAGACAUUGAGGAUUUCUAGAUUGAGGCAGAGUAUUCUGGUGUCCUGAGAUAUAACCAAUAGUACUACUGAAGGACCCAUAUUGUGUAUGGGGCACUUCAUAUUUUCAACGUGUUAUACGGCUGAGUAUAACACGCAGUGCUUAUGCUGUGCUGCAUGUUGCCUCUUCAACCAAAGAAUGCUUAGCAGAGGCACCUCUUCUACUUUCUCAGGACUCAGACUGUGUCAGCAUUUGACAUUCUUGUUCAUGAUGUUGACUGAUGCCUCCAGUAGGGCAGCACACCCUUGUGCCUCCACCAUCAGGAACACUUUUUAUAUAACUGUUAAGUUUAACAAAGUCUACUGUUUUUAUGGAUACAUGGAGAUAGAGGAAGUGAGCCCUACUGUCUAGACGGUCUCAGUGGAUCAUGUUCAUUAUUUCAAUUACUUUCUCUCUGAUUGAUAUAGAUUAUACAGAAUGGCAUCUGUGCAGUCAGUAAUCUAUUCAUAACCUCCCAUCUCUCUUAUAUAUAGCUUUGUAAGUAGGAAAAACAUUUCCAUCACUUCUUCAGUAGCUUUCUCCAUGCUUCUCAAUCAACAUUCCUGUAUAUAAUCAGAGAAACUGUAAUAACACAGUGAAUAAUCUCAUGUAUAGUUACACCUCGCCCGGGAACCACUUAAACCCCUCAGCGAAGAAGCAGGGCAGCUCACCCCCUGCACCACCAAUGGGGUAAAAUGGUGCCCACCAGCAGCCACAUUUGUGCUUUGAAACUGGUGUCCCACCCCAACUGUGAACAUGAAGGACUUUGAUAACACCUCACACACUCUGUGGGCAUUACCAAGGCCCUUAAUCCUCACAGUUGAGGUGGUUGUAAGAGUCUUAAGUUGCAGAUGUGGCUGCUGGUGCACAACACCCAGUGUGCUCCAUCAGUAGUACAGUGGGUAUGGUGCUCUGCUUCUCAUCUGAGAGGCUUGGGUUUGAUUAUUGGGCAUGGUGUAACUAUAUAUGAGAUUCCUGUAUAUAUCAGUCACAAAGUCUUUCUCUUCAGCUGCAUUAUGAACAUGGUCCUGUCUUCUUUUUGAGAAUUCAUGAUGAUGAAAGCCUGUCCUGCCCCGUGUAGGGCUUAGGAUCAAACCUUCCACGUUAGUGCUACAACCUGAGCAAAGUUCCUUUUUGGGUCCUCUAUAUCUACUGAAAAUGAUUCUGAGGCUUCACUUACUAGUAAGCUUCAUUCAAUGAUUUACACAAAAAUAAGGUAAAAUAAAGUAUUAGAAGGAUAUGGUGCUAACAUUUUAUUUGUUGCAUUUACUGCAGUCUUUGUGGCGUCAAGACAAUGAAGUCAUGACGGGUGGCCACGGCGCUGCAGUCACUUGUAUGAAGGGUUGUCGGCUUUGAUCACUAGUAAUUGAAACCAGCUGGAGUAUUCAUAUUUUUGGUUUUAAAAGAUGGUGAGCUUUGUUUGGCUUUAUUCAAGGUGUUUAGAUCCAACUAUGUAUUUUAUUCUUUUUAUGUUUUUAUUUAUAUAUAUUUUUUUUAUUUACAACAUGCCACAUUGUCUUGUAGUAUUACUACAUUUGUAUAUAUCUAACAAUUCUGGUGUUUAUCCUAAUCAAAUCAUAAAAUACACACUAAAUUUUCUUACAACUCGGUCAAAAUAUUUUGUGACUUCAAACACAAGUGACCACUAUGCCUGAGGUACAGCAUAUCCUUUUGCAUAUUUUUCGCAUCAAACUUUUUUGUCUUAAUGUCCUACACAAAAACAAUCCCUAUGAAUGUGUCUUUAGUUGAUAAUCCCUGAAUGUCCUGUGAGGAUAUUUCAUUAAGUUUCAAAAAGAAAACUCAGUCUAAAUAGACUAUUGUGAAGUAAAAUUCACUCUCCAUACACCAGGACAGGGAUUAGUGGCCCUUGGGAGUGUGUAGUUGCUUUUUCUUAAGGAUGUUGCUUUUGGGCAACAUCAUCAGUUUCUAAGCUGUGAUACAUUCCUUACUAGAAAAUGUUUAUAUUUAUAUGAAUUGCAUCAUCGAUCAUUGAUCUGCUGGAGCACAGGAAGCAAGACUGGGCUUAAAGCAUUGGCGUGAGGGGAACCUUGACUGUUUCCAUCAGAUGUUGAAGCAUUGAUGACAAGUGUGUCUUGGGCUCAAAUGUGCUACACCUGUGUAAAAUUUGUUAGGGCCACUGUACAUUUUUGUAUGAACUUUUGUCAAAUGUUUAUUUGAUGCAUGGCGUACCAUUGUAUUCACAAGUUUAGAUGAUUAUAUAUUGUCUGCCAGGCAGACUGUUAGAUUCUUUGGUAUUUGUUUAGUGGCUAGUAUAAUUGUUUGUGUAUAGAUUACUAAUAUUAGUAUUUAUAUUGUAUUUGAAAAUUCAUAUAUUUAGUGGCAUUCACAUUUUGUGUUAUGAGUGUUUGUAUGAGUGAGGAUGAAUUUUUUUUAACAUGAUGCAAGUAAUGGUGCAAAAGGAUCUGGGAAGAAUGAUGAAGGAGGGGAAAGAACACACAAAUAUUACUGCUUACCCAGACCUACAGCAAUGAAGUUGUCUUCAAAAGACACUGCUGACAUUAUUUUAAGAAACCUUUUAUUUUAUUUUUUUAUUUCUUUCAAUGCUUUAAUUUGACAAAAUUUUAUUGGAACACAUCAAAUGUUUGGAGUUCUUCCCUUUACAUGAUUCAGAAACUUAAGGAUUGCUUUGACCUCAACCUGAGUGAGGCUGAAGAGGAUGCUCCGAGAAUGUAGCGUCUAGUCUGGAUGAAUGAGUGUGUUGUGAGCCAUGUCAGUCUUAUGGGAAAGGUUCAAUAUUUUUACUUUAAAUCAGCCCUGUUGUAAAAUGAAUAUUUUGGGGGAGAAUUUUUGGAAACUACAAAAUAGUGAUGAUUGCUACAUACAGUAUACUAUGUAUGCUUUGUUUGAUGGAUCAUUGCAAAGUAGGAAAACAUUCUGAUGUGUUCAUGUGGUAACUUAUGGCUGGGAAAUAUUUUACCAUAAUGUCUCCCCAGUCACAGCUUGCUAUUUAAAAAAAAUAUUAUCAUAUAGUGCCUCCAUGUACUGCAUGGCAAUGUAUUUUCAUAAGUUUGUUAAUAUAAGCUUUCUAUGAAAAGUAUAUAUUGUAUUUUGCAAGAGAGCAUAAGUGUUUAGGAAUAAAUCAAAACAAAACAUAGCACAAAUACACAUUCCCAUAAGAAUGACAUUAAACUGUAUAUUUGUAUAAUAACUGAUUUAUACAUUUUUCACAUACUACAUGCGUUGUGGUGGAUACUCUUGGAGGGGCCAAGGUUUCGUAAUAAAAUAGAUUAUUCCAAA